UGACAGUAAUUCGACUGAUACACGUAGUAGAUUCGUUGUUCAGAUAUGUACAUUUCAAAGAGCACUCGGUUUUAUUUCAACUCUUUACAAUAUUCUGUUAUUACAUUAAAAUAAACUAGAAAUAUGUUAAAAAUUAUAACAAAUCAAAUGAACAAGUCUCCUGCGGUGUGCAUCGCUAAAUAUAUCUCUGUGACGUCAUAAAGCAUUUUCACGCUUUCAUUCGUACCGUUCCUCAUCACAGAUUCUGCGUCUCGAUGCAAGAUCCUAAGUUUACAAAAAGCGCAACACCUUACAUUAUUAUUGGUCCGACACGCAAAAUUAAGCGGACAACAAGACUAAGGUUAAUAUUUCAAUCAUCCCGUAAAUCACACGUAUCUGUGAACAUUCGACGAAAGCAUUGUAUACGUAGAAUGAUCGCUGACAAAUUCAUGUGCCAACUGUUUGAAAUGUUUUCAUCUAAUGCUUCAUGGAUCAAGUGAAGCAGAUACUUAUGAAAGUAUUAUUUGAUGUACAAAUAUAAGUAGUAGAUAUAAGUUUUACAUACUUGAAAUUCAUCAAGAUGACAAGUGAAAAACUCAACCCAUGUGUUGAUACUAAUCAGACGCUUGGAAUAGAUCAAGCUUGCUUCAGUAUUCUAAAUUUAUAUGAUAAAGUAGUUAAUUUUUAUUCUGUAGCACAUGAAGCUUAUUGGGGUAUCGGUACACUACAAGCUACAUUACAACCAUUAACCAACAGGAGUUUGGUAAUAAAUACAAAACACCCAUUGCAUAUAUAUUAUGGAGUCGAUGUACCUAAAAAAGAAGUUGAAUAUCAAUAUUGCCAUGAAACAUACAAUUUCAAAGAACAUGGUAGUUAUGGAUGGAAUAUAUCAGAAGCAAAUUUAUGUUCUCAUAUUUAUGUCAUACGUGAACCAUCAGAAAAUUAUCUUCCAAUUGUUGCAGCACUUAUGAUAUACAUUUUAUUUGCAAUUCUCUGGGGAGUGUCAGAUGUUAUUAUACGAUUGAUAAGAGGAAAACUGUCACCUGAUAAUAUACAUGACAUAAGUGAUUUGGAUAGGCUUCAAGAUACAGAAAGCGUAACACAACCAGUGAUUAGGACAACUAGAAUAUAUUCAGUGGAUACAUUUAGAGGUAUUGCUAUACUAUUGAUGAUAUUUGUCAAUAAUGGUGGGGGCCAAUACGUCUGGUUUAAUCAUAGCGCUUGGUAUGGACUUACAAUAGCAGACUUAGUACUUCCUUGGUUUGCAUGGAUCAUGGGUCUGACUAUAACGAUAUCAAAGCGUGCAGAACUUCGUGUUACGACUUCACGUAUAAAAAUAACUUUACGUUGUCUUCAGCGAUCCUUAAUAUUAAUACUUCUUGGAUUAAUGUUAAACUCCAUACACAGUAAAUCCUUAAAUGAUCUUCGUUUUCCUGGUGUCCUUCAGUUACUGGCUAUAUCAUACUUUGUAUGUGCCACACUGGAAACAAUCUUCAUGAAACCUCAUACACAGGAUUCCUUACUCCAGUUUGGUCAAUUUGCAUCGUAUCGUGAUAUAUUAGACAGUUGGCCGCAGUGGCUGAUUAUGAUAGGCAUUUUGACCGCUCACACUUUAAUUACUUUCCUUUUGCCUAUACCAAACUGUCGAAGAGGUUACUUGGGACCCGGAGGACCAUUGGAUCAUCGUGGGGACUACAUAAACUGUACUGCAGGUGCGGCUGGCUAUAUAGACAGAUUGAUAUUUGGAAGUCAUAUGUAUAAUAAGACGAAAGAUUCUGUCUAUGGUACUAUUUUACCAUAUGAUCCUGAAGGACUAAUGAAUACCAUAUCAGCUAUAUUAAUUGUCUACUUGGGUGUUCAUGCUGGCAAAAUUCUGUUACUUUAUUAUCAAUGGAAUUCCAGAGUGAUUAGAUGGUUACUAUGGGCAGCCUUUACAGGUAUUGUUGCUGGACUUUUGUGCAACUUCCAAACUCAAGAAGGAGUCAUUCCAGUUAGUAAAAAAAUGAUGACAUUAUCGUUUGUUCUAACUUGUUCUAGUUUAGCUUUCUUAUUAUAUGCGAUUCUAUAUUUUGUUAUUGAUUACCGCCAAUUAUGGAGUGGAGCUCCUUUUAUAUAUUCUGGAACAAACCCCAUUUUCCUUUAUGUGGGUCAUAUAUUAACAAAAAACUUGUUCCCAUGGGCAUGGCAUAUUGCUCAUCCCACGCACGCAAUGCUUUUAGCUGUUAACUUAUGGACAACAACAUUAUGGGGAAUAAUUGGCUACUUACUUUAUCGAAAAAAUAUCAUCAUAACUGUAUGAGAAGUAUACAAUGUAUCAAUAUGGUAUUACACAUUUAUGACUGCCUACGUCUCGUAAUAUGAGCGCUAUUUUUAUUACUUUUACAUACUCACAUUUGUGUAACAAUCAAAGACCAGUGUUUUUAACCAAAAGGUUGAAAAGUGCGCAAAGAAAAGAAACCAUUGUAUAGGACGGAUCUUAACAUUAAUUAACCAAAAAUAAAUUAGCAAGUAAUGAUUUUAUCUGAAAUAAUUAUUUAAAAUGUUAUAUUUUAUUUUUAUAAAUACAAUAUAAAUAUCUUCAAUUUGUGUUUAAUGACUGUAUAACUGUUCAUUAAAUAGUACUACAUUUCCUUAAUGAAGAAAAUAAUAGAUAAAUUAUUAACAUACUCAUAGAAAUAUCAAUUCAGCAUGGACAGAUCGUUUCACUUAAAUAUCCCGAUCUUUUGGUUCUUUGUACGGUAACUCCAAAAUUCGAAAGAUGUCUUCUUCGGAUGUUAUUUCUUCUGCCUCUCCUGGUACUCCUACAAUAAAAGCAACGUAUGUGCAUGUACACAGCAAUUUUCUCAAAAAAACUGUUCAUAAUGAUAACGAAUAGUGUUUUUAUAUAUUUGAUGUAGAUCAUUGAAGAUACUGUUAGGAUUACAUCUUGAAAGCUAAGAAAGUAAUGUACACCUUCAUUUAUAUUAAACAGUUCUUUUAAUAUUGAUUUAUCUUACCUUCAGGAGUAAGACGUCGCAAUGUAUAUUCGUUUAAAGUAUAUUUUUUUUCCAAAGCAUGAGCUCUCAUAUUUUUAUUGAAAAGAUCACUUCCAGUGAAAUAAAGUACAGCACAAUAAUACUGAUCAUAUGGUGCUAGCCUAAUGUCAAGUCUUCUACAUAACAUGUGAUCAUUUGGAACUUGACAGACACCCUAUAAAAAAAUGAUUUCAACAUUCAAUUACAUUAUAAUUAAUUUUCAUAUUAUGAAAAAUUACUACUGUUUUAUAUGUAUUUUGAGG